CUCCACGACCAACUACGCGGCCUCAACACUCCCCGCGCCCUCCAUCGCCAGUCUUGAAUCUUGAGCAGUCAAGCAUUGACUUGCUGCUGCAACGAUAAAAGGACAGGAAAGCGGCCGAGCGGACGCAGAGCAGAGGAGGCGCGAUCAGAGCAGAGCAUUCUGCGUACAUUUGUCGAGCAGGCCAGCGGAGUGUCUUGGUUUCUGUAUCGACGAGCAUUUUCCGCAAUGGCAUCGAUGACUGCAGUCGCAAGGAACAGCGUGGUGUUCGUCGCCGCCGCCCUUAUGGUGGCAGCCACACAGGUGGUCGCACAGGCUCCGGCGCCAGCGCCCUUGCCUGAGAAUGACAGCACUUUGUUGCUGCCAUGCAUCCUCACGUCAGCUGUAGCGACGGUCUUCUCGUUUCUGGCUUUGAGGAAUUGAUUGAGUUUCAUCUUACUUCAGAUACUUAGUGGGUGGUUAUUGUACGAAGAGGAGGCGUGCGGUCCCAGCAGGAUUUAUUUCAGGCUUCUCUCACUUUUGGUUUUCAUCCUGGGAAAGACAAAUGCAGAGCUGGAAGAGUGGUCUCACGACAGAUGGUUGGUUGGUUGGUCGGUCGGGCGCGGAAUAAACAGUCAGUUUAGCUGCAUCUGGACACGCAGCAGCAGCGCAGGAUCGCUCGCAGGAGAAGCUGUUCAAAUGUUGGGACAACUCACUCUGCGUUCCUUGAUUUUAAAUUCCGUGUUGAAGUUUCACAGCUGUGGUAGCUAGUCUGAGUUUACUGAGGAAAGUUUAGGAUGCUGGACACUGAACGAUAUGUGCCAGUCUGCCCCCGUAUAGUUUCUUGUACAGAUUCAUUGUUCUUUUGAUGCAUUGUAGUAUCAUAUCAAUAAAUCAAAGUGAAGCUGAGAAGCUUUAGUUUAUGUU